AUGAAGUUUCCUAAUUACAGUAUAGUACAUGAAAUCAUUCUGUCUGGAUUCUCAUAUCCGUUAUAUGUUAACUCUCUACUUUUCAUAAUAUUGCUUUUAAUCUAUCUAUUUAUAAUAACUGGAAAUAUAUUGCUACUUUUUGUUAUUCAGAAAGACUCAUCUCUUCAUGCUCCCAUGUAUUUUUUUAUUAAAGCAUUAUGCAUUAUAGAGAUUGUUUAUACUGCAACUAUUAUUCCUAAAAUGUUGGCUAAUCUUAUUGAUGCAGAGAAGAAGAUGACCCUCAAUAGUUGCAUUUGGCAAGCUUACUUGUCACAUGCUCUAGGUGCUUCAGAAUGCUAUCUUCUGACUUUGAUGUCAUAUGAUCGAUAUUUAGCCAUCUGUACACCCCUAUACUAUCCAUCUAUUAUGACUACCAGAUUGUUCAUUAAGUUGGUUGCUGGAUGCUUUAUCACUGGAUUCCUAAGUCCUACUAUAGAAACAAUUUGGCUCUGCCUUCUUCCUUUUUGUGGUCCGAACACAAUACAAAACGUGUUCUGUGAUUUUCCUCCUCUAAUUGCUUUAACUUGCACAGAUCAUGCCCUAUAUGUUUUGGUUGAGUUUGUUAUCAGUUCGCUUAUCAUUUUAUUGAGUUUCACCUGCGUCCUUCUAUCAUACAUUAGAAUAAUACACGUUGUUUUGAAAAUCCAGUCCAAUGAAGGACGCCAGAAAGCUUUUUCUACCUGUGGAGCUCAUCUUCUUGUGGUGACUCUUUUUUUUGGCAGCAUUGGAUUCAUGUAUAUUAGACCUAAAAGAAGUUACUCGCAAGACUAUGACAAGACUGUUGGUCUAAUAUAUGCUGUUUUUAUACCAUUAGCUAACCCUGUGAUAUAUGGUUUAAGGAAUAAAGAAAUUAAAAGAUCUCUCCAUAAGCAUUUACAAUAUGGAAGAUUUUGA